CUCGGUUGUAGGGGGAGCCUAAGAAAGGCCUCUCGGGGUUUCUUUUUGGGGAGGAGGGGGACGGUGGUCGCGACUUGUCCAGCAGCCUGUUGGAGGGGGGGAGCGGGGAGCGGGGGCAUGCGAAUCCGGCUCCCCCCACCAUGAUGAAGACGGAGCCGCGGGGGCCCGGGGGUCCCCUCCGGAGCGCCUCCCCGCACCGCAGCGCCUACGAGGCAGGCAUCCAGGCACUGAAGCCUCCGGACGCGCCCGGGCCCGACGAGGCUCCCAAGGCGGCCCACCACAAGAAAUAUGGCUCCAACGUCCACCGCAUCAAAAGUAUGUUCCUGCAGAUGGGCACAACGGCGGGGCCGCCGGGCGAGGCGGGCGGCGGCGCGGGCCCAGCCGAGGCCCCGCGGGCGUCCGAGCGCGGCGUGCGCCUGUCGCUGCCGCGGGCCAGCAGCCUGAACGAGAACGUGGACCACAGCGCCCUGCUCAAGCUGGGCACCAGCGUGUCGGAGCGCGUGAGCCGCUUCGACUCCAAGCCCGCGCCCUCGGCACAGCCAGCGCCGCCGCCGCACCCGCCUUCCCGGCUGCAGGAGACGCGGAAGCUGUUCGAACGGAGCGUCCCGGCGGCCACGGGCGGCGACAAGGAGGCCGUGGCGCGGCGGCUGCUGAGGCAGGAGCGCGCCGGCCUGCAGGACCGGAAGCUGGACGUCGUGGUGCGGUUCAACGGCAGCACCGAGGCGCUAGACAAGCUGGACGCCGACGCCGUGUCGCCGACGGUCAGCCAGCUCAGCGCCGUCUUCGAGAAGGCCGACUUGAGGACCGGCCUCCACCGUGGGCCUGGGCCCCCCAGGGCCGCGGCCGCCGGCCUCCCUCAGGUCAACUCGAAGCUGGUCAGUAAGCGGUCCCGGGUGUUCCAGCCACCGCCUCCUCCGCCCGCCCCGUCGGGGGAUGCCCAGGCCGAGAAGGAACGCGGCCCCGGAGGGCAACAGCCCCCGCAGCACCGAGUGGCCCCCGCCCGGCCGCCCCCCAAGCCCCGGGAGGUGCGCAAGAUUAAGCCUGUGGAGGUGGAGGAGAGCGGGGAGUCGGAGGCCGAGGCGGCGCCUGGGGAAGUGAUCCAGGCGGAGGUGACGGUCCACGCGGCCCUGGAGAAUGGCAGCACCGUGGCAACCACAUCCAGCCCUGCGCCCGAGGAGCAGAAGCCCCAAGCGGCUUCCGAGGAGGAGGCGGCGGCGGCGGCGGCGCCAGAGAAGGGGGUGGGCAAUGACCGGGCCCCCGACGUGGGCCCCGAGGAGGUGGAUGAGUCCAAGAAAGAGGACUUCUCGGAGGCGGUGGUGGACGUGAGCGCCUACAGUGGGCUCGGGGAGGACUCUGGGGGCAGUGCCCUGGAGGAGGAGGACGAAGAGGACGAGGAGGAUGGGGAGCCCCCCUACGAGCCCGAGUCGGGGUGCGUGGAGAUCCCGGGACUCUCGGAGGAAGAGGACCCGGCCCCGAGCCGCAAGAUUCAUUUCAGCACGGCGCCCAUCCAAGUGUUCAGCACCUACUCCAAUGAAGACUACGAUCGACGCAACGAGGAUGUGGAUCCCAUGGCCGCCUCCGCCGAGUAUGAGCUGGAAAAGCGGGUGGAGAGGUUGGAGCUCUUCCCUGUGGAGCUGGAGAAGGACUCCGAGGGCCUGGGCAUCAGCAUCAUCGGCAUGGGGGCCGGGGCGGACAUGGGCCUGGAGAAGCUGGGCAUCUUCGUCAAGACCGUGACUGAGGGCGGUGCAGCCCACCGGGAUGGCAGGAUCCAGGUGAAUGACCUCCUGGUGGAGGUGGAUGGGACGAGUCUGGUGGGUGUGACCCAGAGCUUUGCAGCCUCCGUGCUCCGGAACACCAAGGGCCGAGUGCGGUUUAUGAUUGGCCGGGAGCGGCCGGGAGAGCAGAGCGAGGUGGCCCAGCUCAUCCAGCAGACCCUGGAACAGGAGCGAUGGCAGCGGGAAAUGAUGGAGCAGAGAUACGCCCAGUACGGGGAGGAUGACGAGGAGACGGGAGAGUAUGCCACCGACGAGGAUGAGGAGCUGAGCCCCACGUUCCCGGGUGGCGAGAUGGCCAUUGAGGUGUUCGAGCUGGCAGAGAACGAGGACGCACUGUCCCCUGUGGACAUGGAGCCCGAGAAGCUGGUGCACAAGUUCAAGGAGCUCCAGAUCAAGCAUGCCGUCACCGAGGCAGAGAUCCAGCAGCUGAAAAGAAAGCUGCAGAGCCUAGAGCAGGAGAAGGGGCGGUGGCGGGUGGAGAAGGCCCAGCUGGAGCAGAGUGUGGAGGAGAACAAGGAGCGCAUGGAGAAGUUGGAAGGCUACUGGGGCGAGGCCCAGAGCCUAUGCCAGGCUGUGGACGAGCACCUGCGGGAGACCCAGGCCCAGUACCAGGCCCUGGAGCGCAAGUACAGCAAAGCCAAGCGCCUCAUCAAGGACUACCAGCAGAAGGAGAUCGAGUUCUUGAAAAAGGAGACCGCGCAGCGUCGGGUACUGGAAGAAUCAGAGCUGGCUCGGAAGGAGGAGAUGGACAAGCUCCUGGAUAAGAUCUCAGAACUGGAAGGAAACCUGCAGACACUGAGGAAUUCCAAUUCUACUUAACGGGAAUCAUUCCCUGACCGGACAUGAAUCCCUUCCCAUUGUCUUCCCUCCCCUGUCCUCAAUACUCCACUCCAGCCCCCUACCAGCCUGGGGACAGGUGCCCCGACUUCCCCCACCCCUCCACUCCAGCUUCAGGGACCAGAGGGCCCACACCACAGGCCCACUUAAGGUGGCCCGGGCAGACAGAGGUGGCUGGAAGGUGGCCUCUGCCCUGCUCUGUGGGGCUGAGGCACAGAGGCUGUGGGAUGCCGAGGGCUGGCCUGGGUGGUGGAUGGACACAAGCACCUGCAGACCAAACUGCCAGACUUUACAACCUCCAGUCUUUGUCUCUGGACUGGCAUGGGGUUGGGGGUCUCCCAGCAUCUCGCCAGCUAGGAGCUGCUCCCUGCCCACCGAGCUCCUGGGUGGCCCCUGGGCUUCUGGACUUGAGACUCUAGCUUCCUGGCACUUCCCCUUCCUACCCCCUCUACCCCCAUCAUUGUGUUGUCUCUGUUGCAUCUGACCCUCCUGCUUGGGGGAGAGGGGGAUUGCCUCAACAUCUCCUCCCGUCCCUGUGUCCCCUCCUGGGAGAGAGAGGAUCCACUCCAGAGCCUGGAGGCUGGGCCUGGCCCUGCACUGAUUUCUCAUGUAUCCUUCAGGAUGAGUGAGCAAAGGGGAAAGGGAGAGUCCAGGACACCUGUCUCUGGCUCCCCUUUUCUGGGGCAGCAGCCCUCAGUUUCUCCUUGUGCCUCCCCUCCUCCAGGUGCCAAAUAGCCAUAACCUCCUCCUGAAACUGUUCUGCCACCUCUCCCAGGUCCAGGGUCCCUGGCCAAGCCUGGGAAUGCUAGGGAGGAGAGAGGGUCAGUUUGGGGGGCUUGGCCCCAGAGACUCUGAUCUUAGGCAAGGGGAACAUUUUCUCUCGAGUGCCAGGCCCUGCCCUGCGAAGGGCGACACCUGGAAGCCUUGUAGAAACAUCGCAGGGAUUCAGCCUCACCCCUUCCCACCCCGUACUGUUUUUCAGUGUUUGACUGGAGGGCAAAAUUUUACUACUCAUCUUUUUGGAGACCAGGGCUGCCCUGCUGGCAGCCUGCUUUCUAAAUGAAAUCGACUCUGUUUCCCCAAUUUAACCCCAAAUUGGGGCUUGGACCAAGGGAGGUGAGAUCCCCCCCACACACCCAGGUCCCCUCCACUUUCAGAAUCCAUCUCAUUUUGCCUCUUCCUUGUGCCCUUUUUCCAAGCCUGGGUCUUGUUCAUUUUUUAAAAACAGACAAACGCCGUUUCAUCCGUUUUGGCUUCUCCCCGACGUCUGUAAAUAGACCAUGCCAUCGAUCAGUAUUUCUUGGUCCCCUCUUCCUGCGCCCCGACGUGGCCCUCACCCCCAGAAAGCUUUCUCGGUCCCCCGGGCCCACGCGCUUCACCUCCAACCCGGCAGGCGGGGGAGGGAGGGGCGGAGCCAGGUGGGCGGGGCCGCGGGACCACUUCCGGUUUCUCGGGCCAGCGGCCGUCCUGUCCGGUCCCCCGAGGGACCGCGUCUCUGUAUAUAAUAUAUAUAUAUAUAUGUAUGUAUUGUUCCCAGUUUUGUACGGACCAUGCCCUCUGUCAGGUCGUCCUCAUAAAAGCAGCCCCCGGAG